UCUGUGCGGAAACGCCGCCAGCAUGUCAGACAAGCUGCCUUACAAAGUGGCUGACAUCAGCCUGGCCGCCUGGGGACGCAAGGCCCUGGAUCUCGCAGAGAAUGAGAUGCCGGGCCUGAUGCACAUGUGGGAGAUGUACUCAGCCUCCAAACCACUGAAGGGCGACCUCACUGCCGGCUGCCUGCACAUGACCGUGGAGACAGCUGUCCUCAUUAAGACCCUCGUUGCCCUGGGUGCUGAGGUGCGGUGGUCCAGCUGCAAUAUCUUCUCCACCCAGGACCAUGCAGCAGCUGCCAUUGCCAAGGCUGGCGUUCCAGUGUACGCCUGGAAGGGUGAAAUGGACGAGGAGUAUCUGUGGUGCGCUGAGAAGACGCUGUACUUCAAGGACGGGCCCCUCAACAUGAUUCUGGACGAUGGUGGUGACCUCACCAACCUCAUCCACACCAAGUACCCACAGCUCCUGUCAGGCAUCCGAGGCAUCUCCGAAGAGAUCACAACGGGGGUCCACAAUCUGUACAAGAUGAUGGUCAAUGGGAUCCUGAAGGUGCCUGCCAUCAAGGUCAACGACUCUGUCACCAAGAGCAAGUUGGCUGCAAGUUGGCUCCUCUACGGCUGCCGGGAGUCCCUCAUAGAUGGCAUCAAGCAGGCCACAGACGUGAUGAUUGCAGGCAAGGUGGCGGUGGUAGCGGGCUAUGGCGACGUGGGCAAGGGUUGUGCCCAGGCCCUGAGGGGCUUCGGGGCCCAUGUCAUCAUCACGGAGAUCGACCCCAUCAACGCGCUUCAGGCUGCCAUGGAGGGCUAUGAGGUGACCAUCAUGGAUGAGGCCUGUCAGGAGGGCAACAUCUUUGUCACCACCACGGGCUGUGUCAACAUCCUCUUCGGCCGGCACUUUGAACAGAUGAAAGGUGACGCCAUUGUGUGGAACAUCGGACACUUUGACGUGGAGACUGAUGUCAAGUGGCCGAAUGAGAACGCUGUGGAGAAGGUGAACAUCAAGCCCCAGGUGGACCGCUACUUGUUGAAGAACGGGAGCCGCAUCAUCCUUCUGGCCAAGGGCCGGCUGGUCAACCUGGGCUGUGCCAUGGGCCACCCCAGCUUCGUGAUGAGCAACUCCUUCACCAACCAGGUGCUGGCGCAGAUUGAGCUGUGGACCCACCCAGACAAGUACCCUGUUGGGGUCCACUUCCUGCCCAAGAAGUUGGAUGAAGCAGUGGCUGAAGCCCACCUGGGCAAGCUGAAUGUGAAGCUGACCAAGCUGACUGAGAAGCAGGCCCAGUACCUGGGCGUGUCCCGUGACGGCCCCUUCAAACCUGAUCACUACCGCUACUGAGAACCAGGCCUGCCCUUUGCCUUCCAGCUGCUGUCCUUGCCUGGGUCCCACCUCUCCUCCCCAAGAGCAAAU